AUGCAUUCCCAAGGUAGCACCACCGAUGUCGAUGUCGAGUCGGAGAGUGAUCAGAUCAAGGAUGAUUCUGAUCGCACUGGACGUUCCGCACGGAUUACCUUUGAGGAAGCAUCCACUGCAGACGGCUUUCGAUCGAUCUACCAGCCAGCUCAGUUCACACGAACCCGCUCGGUGAGCCGGGAUACCAUCCACAGCAGCAGAAGCAGUCAGAAUGCCGCAACUGCUGGCUUGCCCAUCGAAUUCCGAACCCUGUCCAUCCAUAUCUCCGAGUCCCAGAAUGCCCCAAAGGAUAUUCUCAAUGCCCCGAAGAAAGAAAAGCAGCCACACCAAGAUUACUUCGAAAACCUCGACUUCCAUACUUUAACCACCGAACGCCUAUGCCAGGAGUUUAACGUCGACCAACAUACUGGACUCAGCUCAUCCUCUGCAGCUACUCGUCUGCAGCGAGAUGGCAAAAAUAUCAUUGCACACCACGGGGAGAACUAUUUCAAAAAGAUCUUCUUCUACGUCUUUGGCGGAUUCUGCUCUGUGCUCUGGGUUGGAGUGGUCAUUUUCUUCGUCUGCUGGAAGCCGCUCAGCAAUCCGCCCUCGGCUCAGAAUCUCGCCAUGGCAGUGCUCAUUCUUAUCGUCAUUGCUUUGCAAGCAAGUUUCUCGGCCUUCCAGGACUGGUCUACUAAGCGUGUCAUGAAUUCAAUCCUGGACCUCCUACCCGCAGAGGCUAUGGUCUUGCGAGAUGAAAAGCUCACCCAUCUCCCUGCUACUGAGCUAGUGGCAGGCGAUAUUGUCCACAUUGGAAUGGGCAACAAGGUUCCCGCGGACAUGCGCCUGUUGCAGAGCUCGGGUGAUGUCCGCUUCGACCGAGCCAUCUUGACCGGCGAGUCAGACGAGGUUGAAGGCGCUAUUGAAUGCACCGAGGCAAACUUCUUGGAGACUCGCAAUAUUGCCCUCAUGGGAACAGGUGUCACCAAUGGCAAUGCUAUCGGUAUCGUUGUCUUAACCGGUUCUCGCUCCGUCAUGGGUCGCAUUGCUACAAUGACAGCCGGCGUCAAACAAAAGUCAACCUUGAUCCAACGCGAGAUCAACCGAUUUGUGGCAAUCAUCGUUGCCCUCACAAUUUGCCUCGCUCUACUGAUCUUCUUCACUUGGCUGGGAUGGCUGCACAAGGAUCAUCCAUCCUACAUGUCCGUUGUAUCCAUGCUGAACAAUGUCAUGGGCUGCGUGGUUGCUUUCAUCCCGGAGGGAGUACCUGUUGCUGUUGCCUUGACUCUCAUGAUGAUCGCCAAACGGAUGAAAAAGACCAACAUUUUGCCCAAGGGUCUUGCCACCGUUGAGACUCUGGGUUGCGUGAACGUUCUGUGCUCCGAUAAAACUGGAACUCUUACCCAGAAUCGCAUGUUUGUCAAGUCUCUCGGAAUGCUUGACUGGGAGUACAGUCUGGAAGACUUAGCUCCUAGCGAGUUCGGGGUUGCUGAAAUCCCCGACGGCCUGCGCGAUACAUUACGGGCAUCUGUCCUCUGCAAUGAUGCAUCGUUUGACCCGACCACAAUGAACAAACCCAUCCAUGACCGUCUUGUCAAUGGAAAUGCUACAGAUGCGGCAGUUCUUCGGUUUGCCGAUAGUGUUGGCAUGUCGUCGCCAACAGCCCUGGCUCCAUAUGAGCGUGUGCACCAGAUCCCGUUCAACUCGAAGAAUAAGUGGAUGCUUACACUUCAUCGUGAUCCGAACUCAACCAACGAAUUCCUUCUCUACGUCAAGGGAGCACCUGAUGUGCUACUGGAUCGGUGCUCUACCUACUGGUCUGCAAUCCAUGAUGCAAUUCGUCCAUUGGAUGCAGAGGCCCGGGAGAAGCUUUCAAACUUCCAGGCCAAGCUGUCACGCCGCGCAGAACGGGUGAUUGUCAUAUGCCAGCGCCGUUACGUCCCCUGCUCUACCCCUGGGACAAACGACUUCAGCAACGAGAUGCUUGAGUCGGGUGUAAAGGACCUGACCGUUCUUGGUAUCUUUGGCAUCAUUGAUCCACCGCGCGAGGAGACUGCUCAGACAGUCUCGGCUUGCCGAGAGGCAGGUAUCCGCUUCUUCAUGGUGACUGGUGAUUUCGGAUUGACAGCAGCUGCCAUCGCCCGUGACAUUGGAAUCUAUGACGGACAAGCUGAGCCUGAUACUGUAGAUGACCUGAGUGAUGGUCUUGAUCCAAAGAUGGAAAUCAAAGUCCCCAAGUCACGACAUAGCCUGCUCCUCGAAGGCCCGAGCCUUUCAUCAUUGACUUCGGAGCAUUGGGAGACAAUCUGCGGUUACGAUGAAAUCGUGUUCGCCCGCACCACCCCCGAGCAAAAGCUCCGCAUUGUCACAGAGCUCCAAGACCGCGGCUACAUAGUAGCAGUCACAGGCGACGGCGUCAAUGAUGCCCCAGCUCUACGCGCAGCAGAUGUCGGCAUCGCAGUCGGAUCCGGCAGCGACGUGGCAAUCGAGGCCGCAGACCUAGUUCUCCUCGAACGAUUUGAUUCCAUCAUCGAAGCCAUUCGCCUCGGCCGACUAGUCUUCCAGAACCUGCAAAAGGUCAUCGCCUACCUACUCCCAGCAGGAAGUUGGUCCGAAAUCUGGCCGGUCCUUAUGAACGUCUUCUUCGGCUGCCCAGCACCCCUCAGCACAUUCUUAAUGAUAGUAGUCUGCGUCUUCACCGAUCUAUUUUUAUCACUCUCCCUAAUCAUGGAAAAAGAAGAAUUCAACCUUCUCAGCCUCCCUCCCCGCCGCCCAAAAAAGGACCACCUCAUCAACCUCCGAAUUUACGGCCAAUCGUACCUCUUCGUCGGAGUAAUGGAAGCGUUCAGCGCUCAUGCCAUGUUCUUCCUUUACAUGUGGCGCUACGCUGGUAUCCCAUUCUCAGAUCUCAUCUUCUCCUUCGAGAACUAUACAGAUGGUUUCCACGGGUAUACACAGGACCAGUUGAACCACUUCACGAGCGUGGGCCAAUGUUGCUACUUUGUCGCCUUGGUUAUCAUGCAAUGGGGAAACGUGCUAUCCGUUCGCAGUAAGCGCAUGUCUUUGCUCCAGGCCGAUCCUAUUCGCCCUGCUCGUCGCAAUCCCUGGUUGCCGUUGGCUAUUCUCAUUUCCCUGGUUAUUGCUAUUUUCGUUACGGAGGUUCCUGGUAUUCAGAAUUUGUUCAGCACUGCUUCUGUCCCUAUUGAGUUCUGGCUUAUUCCGCUUGGCCUUGCGAUGGGUAUUCUCUGCAUGGAUGAGCUGCGCAAGGCUCUUGUGCGGCUUUUCCCUAAGGGGCCUGUGGCUUGGGUUUCGUGGUAA